AUGCCAUCUGCAAAAACUCCUCAAAAACCUCACAGAGCCAUGGCAGCAGCUGCCAUGGAUAUCUCUCCUUUUGUAUUCCUUGUGCUUCCCUCUUUAGUUUGUUCACUCUCAUUUGAUCUGCCAAGCAUUAGCCCUAAGGAUACAAAUGUGCACAUCAACGUGGAAGGAGAUGCAACCAUCACAAGCCAGGGCAUCCAACUCACACCAUAUGAACGCGAAUUGGCGUUGACAGACAAAGCUGGUCGAGCCACCUAUGUUGAAUCCUUGCACCUAUGGGACAAGGCUUCUGGAGAUUUAGCUGAUUUCACCACCCAUUUCACUUUCACCGUCGACUCAGAUGGUAACCCUAACUAUGCUGAUGGACUCGCCUUUUUCUUGGCCAAUUUUUCCGCCCCUAUCAAUGGAACGCUUACUGAUGGUGGCGGUAUUGGCCUUAUGAAUGAAACCCUACCAAUAGCCCUAGAUCCUUUUGUUGCUGUGGUGUUCGAUACUUUCUCGUACUCAGACUAUCGGUCUAUGACAAAUGUAAGUAUCAACAUUAAGUCUAUGCUGAAUCCUGUGAAUAUAAAACCUUGGUUUAACAAUGUCACUCAGGGAAUGGAUAACAAUGCUUCCAUUACUUAUAGUGCUAGUUCCAAGGUUCUCCGAGUGGUUUUUACAGGGUUUUGGAAUGGUGAAAGCAUGACAGAAAGCCUUAGUUACCAGGUUGAUCUCAGGGAAUACUUGCCUGAAUUCGUUAGCGUUGGGUUCUCAGCAUCAACAGGAAGGUUAUUUGAGAAGAACGGUGUUAGCUCGUGGCAGUUCAAUUCCACUUCACUCAGGUCAGCAAAAGAAAAGAACAAGAAAGGAAUAGAAGUGCUAGGGUUGAGUAUUUGUGUUCCAGUUUUAGUUGCUGUAUUAUUGGCUUUAGCCAUCUUUAUUAUCUGUCUUAAAAAGACACGAGCAAAAGUAAUAGGAAACAAUGAUAAUCAUGAGAUUAUUCUUCUUGGUCAGGCCAUGGAUACUGAGUUUCAAAUGGCUAGCACCGGUCCUAAAAAGUUCUCAUACACUGAAUUGAAAACUGCAACUAGCAGCUUCUCAGAGGAGCAUAAUAAGCUUGGAGAAGGAGGGUUUGGAGGGGUUUAUAAAGGUUUCUUAAAGAGCCUAAACUUGGAUGUGGCUGUCAAGAGAGUCUCAAGUGGGUCUAAACAGGGGGUUAACGAAUAUGCCUCAGAAGUAAAGAUCAUCAGUCGAUUGAGACAUAGAAAUUUGGUACCACUCCAUGGUUGGUGUCACGAAAAAGGUGAGCUGCUGCUUGUUUAUGAGUACAUGCCUCAAGGCAGCUUAGAGUCUCAUCUCUUCAAGGGAAUGUCAGUGUUGGAUUGGGGGUUCAGGUAUAGAAUUGCACAAGGCUUGGCCUCAGCUUUGUUCUAUCUGCAUGAAGAGUGGGAAAAAUGUGUAUUGCAUAGGGAUAUUAAGUCCAGCAAUGUCCUCUUGGAUUCGAGCUUCAAUGCUAAACUAGGUGAUUUUGGGUUAGCUUGGCUUGUUGACCAUGAAAAUGCACCCCAGAAAACCAUAGCCGGAGGAACACCAUGGUACGUAGCCCCAGAAUGCAUUUUCACAUUUAAGACAAGCAAAGAGUCAGACGUGUAUAGUUUUGGAAUUGUUGCAUUAGAAAUUGCUACCGGGCAAAGAGCAAUUAUUGUUAACCAACCCGAAGGUGUGAAAACCUUGGUGGAAUGGGUUUGGGAUUUGUAUGGAAUGGGAAAGCUAUUCGAAGCUAUAGAUCCUAAGCUAUGCGGAAACUUUGAUGAGCAAGAAAUGAAACAGUUAAUGAUGGUUGGGUUGUGGUGUGCUCACCCUGAUAGCACUUGCCGGCCAAAAAUAAGCCAAGCCUUACAUUGUCUUAAAUUCCUAGUGCAAUUGCCCACUCUUCCACCAAAGAUGCCUAAACCAGUUUACUCAACUUCUUUGUCAAGGGUGCAUUAUUGGCAGAUACUUGAGGGCCAUAGGAGCUCCAGCAACAACAGUUGUCCCUCACGUUCCACUUCAUCUUCCAUCAUGGAUGCUGCUUCUUCAUCAUCAUCUGCCUCACAUUCGCACACGCAAUGA